AUGGGAACUAAUUGGCUUCUUUUCUUCUCACUGUGCCUUAUUCUGCCAGCAUUGAGUACGCCUUUCGAUGACACUCCCGUAGAUUAUCUCGUUCCUCCUCCCGUGGCAUCUUCGAGAGCGAUUCCCGGACCAUCAUCUUCGCAUCAAAACAUCGAAGAGCCUCCUUCAUUCUUCAACCGUCUCACAAAUUGGAUGUUCUCUUUCGGUCGAAGUUAUGAACCUCCACGAGAUAAAAUUAUCGCCGCUCCAAGUGAAAAAAUUAUAAAUUAUCAAAAACCGGCAAAACCUUUCCAUUCAGACAAAAAUGCAGUUGACGACCCUUCAUGCAGUCCGUGUAACAAAAUUCCAUGGGUCCCAAUAUUCCCGAAAAAUACGCCACAAACCCCAAACGACCUAAAUCGACCAUUACCGCCUAUAAAAUUUUUGGCAUCAACUCUUCCGCCGACGACAAAUCAAUAUUUGCCGCCAAGUUCAGUGAUUUCGUAUCAACCUCCGACUCCGACAUCAUCAUAUCAGUCGCAAAAUUCGUUCCAUUCGACAUCAAUAACAUCGAUUUCGUUCUCAACUCCGUCAUUUUUUGGACCAUCAACAACCUCAAGACCUUUAGAUUUCGAAAAAUUUACUUUUACAACGACGCAGCGUCCUUUUAGGAAUCAAGAACCGUUUCGAGGUGUCACAUCUCCCGAAUAUCUACCUCCGCGACAAGUGCUUCCGAUCGAAAAUGAGAACAGACCUUAUGCUCCAAUCCCGUUGCCGAAUCUCAGUAUGACCCCCAUACCUCCGUUGCAUGAAGCAAAACCAUUUUUACAAGAUCCUUAUCGAAAUGCGCCAAAUAGUGGGUCAUUUAUUCCCACAUUUUCGAAUGGGACGAAGUACAUUGAAGGCUUAAAUGUGAGAAUGCCGCCGAUUUUGACGCCAUUUACCUCUCCGAACGUAGCUACGGCACAAAAUUCACCAAAUGUCGAAAUUCACGAGAGUUUGCCCGUGCUUGAAUUUCAACAUACGACCAUCGAAGACAAUUACGACAACUUUAAGACGACUUCUCAAGCGAAUUUUUAUCAAUUUUCAACUUCUACCUCUCGUCCGGUUGAAAUUUCAACACUUUCGAACAUUUAUCGCGGGAAAUUAACCGAAAACAUUUUAGAUCCGACUCGCCAACCGAGCAUUUUGGACACUCCCAUCAUGCAUUUCAACAAAAGUGAGACAAAUGUGCUCCCGAUAAUUGUUUCGUAUCACAAUAAUGAGACAAAUAACAGUCAAAACACGCAAAAUUCGAUCAUUACACAAGAAAAAGUCAAAGAAGUGAAGCCCCUGAGGUAUAUUAUCCCGUAUACGACCCAACAGAGACCCCAACCAUUCAGAGCAAAGAACUUGCGAAAUCAACAAGGGACUGAUUCGGCAUCAGAAUUUUCGGAAUGGGCACCGCAAAGGAGUUUAGACCAAGAUUUGCAUGACACACAAGAGAGUGCGAUAGUAACGGCGACAGCUCCAACCCCGCCUUCGACGAUAAAAACGACGAAAUUCAUUGCGAAAUUUCUGGCUUCGUCAAUUAAGGAACUUUUGAACAAGGAAAAAAUCGAAAGAAUUGACACGACGGAAGGAACAACGACGGAAAUGACGACUGAAGAAGCUAUCGAGACGACAACGGAGGUUCCAACGACGACAACUACUGAAGAAAUUACAACAACAACAAGUACAACGACGACGACAACUGCAAAAACGACUCCAUCGACGACGAUGACGACAAAAAUCUCGACGACGACAACCGAAAAACCCCCUUCAACGACGACCAAAAUCGAAAGUGUGCCAUUUGACUUUGUGACAUUCCAGGAAAACAUCAACAAAUGGACCGAGGAGCAGUUUGCCGAAACUAACGAAAUUCCCGGUUCAGCCACGACGCUGGAAAUGGUCAAAUAUACCAAACCAAUUCCCGUGGAGUACAUCACGGAAAGUACUUUGCUUCCGAAAAUUACUGUCGUAACGCCACAAAAUUACUUUUCGACGACGACACCCUCGUCGACACAGCAAAAAUCGAGACAUCGACCAACUUUCGCCGAUGUCGAUUCGGUGCUUCUUGAUCGCCUCAAGUCCUCCUUCAAACAAGCCAAAGCCUAUUCCAGCUACUCGUAUCGCAAUGAACAAUGGAAGAAAGCGCAACUGACGAUUUCUCCGAUAACAAAGGAGAAAAUUUACAUUGUCACGCCGGAGACAAUCACGAAUGACGAUGAAGAUGCGGCGGAAAUAUUUCCGCGGUUUAAGAAGAGACCCACGCCGGGCAGGGGAAUGAACUUUUCUUAG